AUGGAGCCUCAGAAUCCAGUUGUCUUUCGGCGAAAGAUUCUCACGAACUCUGCUGCUGAGUUUGUAGAAAGAGAACCAGGUAUAGAAGCACUAUUCCAGCCGGAGGAUUCCUACGACGAGCUCAAAGAUUCUCGAAAUGCUUCGGAAUUUAUACCUGAAAUCGACAGGUUUGCUCCGAAGGGGGUUAUAUUCGACCGAUCGAAAUAUUAUGAAAGAUCUCUAGAAAGCAAAAGGAACUUCCUUCGGACCCUAAAAAAUUUCGUUUCUAUCCUCAGAGAUAGGAAAAUAGAGUCUGAGCUCAACAUUGUCAUAAAGGAUCCUAGCGAAACGCACGAAUUUACCUUUGAAUACGUACUCGGAAUUAUCGACAAGAUUGGAGAAAGCCGCAACAAUUCCACUAAAACUAGAUCGUGCAAGAACUUCAUCCGGAGAUGCUACCACAAACUGGAAGACAAUAGGGAUGUUUUCGAAGGCAUCCUUGAUAUGAUCCCCGACGAUAUAUACGGCUCAAUCUUAUCAGGAGGGUUUGCCUUGAUUCUUGCGGCUGUCGAGAAGCAUGCCGAACAGCGUGAAGAGAUCCAAAAUUUCUUAGCGGAGAUUCCUGGGAAGCUGAACACCAUCCAGCGCUUGUCGGCAAUACACCAAUAUUCUUACCAACUUCAUUCAUGUGCAGACAACGUCAUGGUUGCCGUAUUUACGGUUAUGGAGCGUAUCGUAGACACUAUCACUAGGUCAUGGAAAGUUCGACUGACUCAAAGGGCCGGUAAGAUAACUCAGAAUCUCCGGUCUUUGCCCUAUCGAAAUAAGAGGUCAACGGAAGGGAAUGAAGUCAAGGGUGAUCAAGGAGAUAAUUUAACCGUAGCCGACGCUUUGGCCAACCUUGAAAGAGAAGUACAAUGCUUCCAAAACGAAGUAUCUAUCUGUGACCAAGAAAGACUAGGUAGGAUUGAAAGAGGUAACGGUGAUCUUAAGCUUGGCAUAGCAUUUGUUGAGAAGGGCCUUGAGAAACUAAGCACAGAUAUUAUGACAGUCGUGGAAAAUGGCCAGAGGUUUCUAGAAAAUAUGGUCGCCAAAACAUCAGAGAACAAUUAUCAGACACUCCUAUUACUUUUUAAAAACACUCUAUAUCAGCUCUGUACAAGCAAUCCGGUUUUCAAUGGCAAGACUGGCGGGAUUGAUCUCAACGAACUACAACUUCUCCAAGCAGAACGAAUGCGUUCAUACCAACAGGGCAAUAAACUUAUUGCGCUGAGAUUGUUCAAAAAGCUGGCGGCCCACACUAAUGAUCCAAUGAUAGACAUAAAGGACUGCCUCGAACACAUAUGGUUACUCGAUGCCGAUGAGAAGAAUAUGUGCCAAUCAAUUCUAGAAUCAAAGGAACUUGAUGACUGGUUCGGAAAGGAUCAAUCGAGCAUCUUCGAGGUUAACCUCCCGACGCCUUCGGCUGCGCUGAACAACCCCCUUUCCUUCAGCAGUGCAAUGCUUGCAACAGCACUUAUCAGCACAACCCAGUUUCCAGUGCUCGCAUUUUUUUGUAAGCAUAGAAACAAUGAACAUCCUCUGGAAGAUGAAAAGUCAGGUCCAGUCGCCCUAGCAAGGGACCUCAGUAUUCAACUAAUUCGAUUCAUAUCUGAUCACCGUCCCUCGGUGGAUCUUUCACUACUUCGGAGCCAGAAGUCUUUGCCCAAAGUCGGGAAAAGUUUAAAGGAGGAGCUUUCAGCAUUGAAUUCGCUUCUAUUCGCACUGCCGGAAAAUGAUACGGUCUUUAUCAUGAUUGAUUCUCUCUCAUAUUUAUCGGGAAACGGAAAUGGGGGAAACAAGGUAAUCGAGAAGCUAGUUCGGACAAUGAAAAAUAGGCGGGACAUUACUAUCAAGUUGAUGGUAACUGAUACACCUGCUGAAUUCAAGCUCAAAGCCCUUGCAGACAUUUCAUACACCGUACCCGACUCGGUUGGUGGACUCGGUGUGGUUGAUGUAGCCGAGAGUGGCGAUGAAGUCGCUAAGGUAUUGAGGCGUAAAAUGAAAACAGAGGAUGGUAGGGUUAAGAAUAUAGGGGAAGAUGUAGAAGACUACUCAAACGACGAUGAGAAGGAUGAACAGGACGAUGAAGAAGAUGAAGAUAAGGACGAUGAGGAAGGAGAAGAAGGUGAUGAUGACGAUAAUUCUGUGGAGGUUAAAAGCGAUGAAAGUGAGAAUCUACGUGAAGACGAAAUACAUGAAGGUGGCGAUGAUGAUACCGAUACAGACGAAUAG